AUGCCUCUGCAGCGCAGCCUUGGUCUAAGCUGGGAUGUAAACAAUGACACCUUUCUGUUCCAACUAUCAAAAGACAAUAAACCUGCCACACGAAGAGGUUUACUUUCAACCGUCAAUGGGAUUUAUGACCCUCUAGGCUUUUUAGCACCAGUGACUAUCUAUGGUAAACUCCUACUCAGGCAACUGAUAGCACAGACUCGAGACUUGAAUGAGUCUCUCUCUGAAGAACUAACAUCUCUAUGGAAUUCUUGGAAGAAUACCUUAGAUGCACUUGAAGCCCUGCGUAUUCCACGGACACAUGUGACAAAUCUCAGCAAAGCAGUGACGAAAAAACUUCAUGUGUACAGUGACGCAUCUGAAAAGGCCAUAGCGGCUGUCGUUUAUUUGCGCACAACCGAUAGUGACGGACAGUGCAAAGUUGGAUUCAUGUUGGGAAAGGCUAAAGUUGCACCCAUAAGUGGACACACUAUCCCACGAUUGGAAUUGUGUGCAUCUGUGUUGGCGGUGGAGAUUGCACAGUGUGUUCUGAAUCACCUGGGCAUACAAAUAGACUCUGUGAAGUAUUACACUGAUGGCAAAGUAGUCCUCGGCUACAUCUGUAAUGAGUCUAGGAGAUUCUAUAUCUAUGUUGCCAACAGAGUAGACCGCAUAAGGAAGUUUACUACUCCAAGCUAG